AGGAGGGGUGGGGUUAUUUAAAAGACCGGAAUACAGUACGACCAAAGCAAAAGCGGCUGCAGCACUAACGAUAGAAAGAGCUGGUGUGACAGUGCAUUACCACAGGUGUUUGUUAAAUUUAAAAAACUCUGCUACUUCCCACGUGCGUGCAAAUUCUGUAGCUGCUGCUUUUAAAUCACCCACGGCGGCGGUGUCGAGGGAACGGCGGUGUUCUGAGCUGAAAGCAGAAAGAAAAAUGCAUUUUCCUGUUAUUCUGCUGCUCGUGUGCAGCUACGGAUUAUCUCAAGCUGCCCCCGCUCCAGUGGAUACCGUCAUAGUUCAGGUCCAGAGGUGGAGAGUGCCUGGUGCUCAGUGGGUGGAGGAGCAGGUUCUUGUCAAUGGAGUCGCUCUGACUGAUACAAGCCAAGAGUUGAAAAGUAUAAUCAAAAGCAUUUCAGCUGACCCCCACAUUCCAAGUGUUAUCAACAGUACUUCAGUGGCUAAGAAUCACUCUCUUCUCCGUUCUCGCGAGUGCAUACAGGAGGGGUCUCUGCUGAUCUGGAAGGAUUGCAUUUUUUGUGAGGGCACAGUCUGUCUCACACUGGACCACACCGACACAUGGAUGGCUCACAUGCCGGGCGGCCUGGCUCUCAAGGCCUUGUGGGAUCAGGAGGUGCAACGCACAAGGGCAGAAAGGCAGCGUCUUCAGGAGGGAUGUGCCAAGCUAAUGAGAGAGUUGAGCCUUUCAGAGGAACACACAGCCUCAGAGGUUCCCUUGCCUAAAGUUCUGAUCCCAGUCCUGGCUCUCUUGGCAUUUAUUGGUCUGAUCGUUACCAGCCUCCUGCUGUCCAAAAACUGGGGUUUGAGGCACCCUGGAGGUGUCGUCGGCUCAGUAAUCCAUUACCCUAAGGACAUGGCGGAAAAGGUUCCAGAGAGAAAAGGAAAUGGAUACUGCACCCUGUAACCCUGCUUUCUCACCUUGUGUUUUAAAUGUCUGAACUUAGCUUUAUUCAGACAGCGUGCAAAACAGUCAAAUAAUUUGCCUUAUUGUAUUUUUUAAACAUCAAUGUAAAAAGGUACAAAUCAACUACUAAUUAAAAAAGUCUGAUGGUUUUAGAAUGUGAAAGUCAUUAGAAUUAUUUGGCAACACGUGACACACAGUCUCAAAGUAAACUCCAAGUCGUUUGAUUGAAAACAUAAAUUCAAUUUGAUCAUCAAGUAUUAAUAGGAUGAGUAAAAAAAAAAGAAUAAAUCUGAUUUUAGGAAAAUCUGAUCCGCCUUCACUGUAAACCGCAGCCUUUGUGUUUGUUUUCUGGUUUAAAAUCUGGUUUUAAAGCUUUUGUUUGUUGUGCUGUAAAAAUGUUGUCACUCCAUGAAUUAAACCUUUGCAAUGAUGCAGCAUCAGCUGUCUGCUGUAAUGAACCAGUCCCAAUUUGAAUGCACUUUAACAUGACUGUAUCAUGCUUUACACCAAUGUACAAGCUACUUUUUGUUACACUGUACUAUUUUAUUCUAGAGAUAUUGAAAUGUCAUGUAAUCCUUUCCAAAGACAUUGUAUGGCUAUGCAAAUAUCUGUGUGAUUGAAUAUUUUUGCAUAAAUAAACUGUAUGCUGUUGUGGUUCUGAA